UUAUGGCAAUGUCUUUCUCUCUUCACCAGGACUAUCAGAAUUUGCCGAUUGACAUCCAGACAAGCAAGCUGCUAGACUGGCUGGUGGACAGGAGACACUGCAACCUGAAAUGGCAGAGCCACGUGCUGACUAUCCGCGAGAAGAUCAACGCGGCCAUUCAGGACAUGCCAGAGAGCGAGGAGAUCAAGCAGCUGCUCUCGGGAUCCUAUAUUCACUAUUUUCACUGCCUGAGGAUUGUGGACAUUCUUAAAGGGACCGAGGCCUCCACUAAAAACAUCUUUGGCCGCUACUCUUCCCAGCGGAUGAAGGACUGGCAGGAGAUCCUGUCCCUGUAUGAAAAGGAAAACACCUACCUAGUGGAACUCGCCAGCCUUCUCGUGCGCAACGUCAGCUACGAGAUCCCGUCCCUGAAGAAGCAGAUCAGCAAGUGCCAGCAGCUGCAGCAGGAGUACAGCCGCAAGGAGGAGGAGUGCCAGCUGGGGGCCGCCGAGAUGCGGGAGCGCUUCUACAGCUCCUGCAAGCAGUACGGCAUCACCGGCGAUAACGUGCGCCGGGAGCUGCUGGCCUUGGUGAAGGACCUGCCGGCGCUGCUGACGGAGAUCGGGGCCGGGGCCCGGGUGCUCUCGGAAGCCAUCGAUUCGUACCAGGCCUGUGUGCAGUUCGUGUGUGAGAGCGCCACGGAGCAGGUGGUGCCCAUGCUGCGACACGUGCAGGAGCGCGGGAACUCGACCGUCUACGAGUGGAGGAGGGGGGUGGAGCCCACCAUGGUGGAGCGCCCACGGGCGGAGGAGGUGCCCGAGCAGCAGGACGAGGAGGCGAUCGACUGGGGGGACUUAGGGGUGGAGUCCACACCUGCCCCCGUGGGGGUUGAUUACAGCAUCUCCGGGGAAGACGGAGCCCAGGCCGAGGAGGUGGACUGGGGGAUCUCACUGGAACCUGACCCCCAGGGAGCCGGCACUGACGGGAUAGACUGGGGAGACGGGAGUGGCGGUGACCCGGUGCAGAUCACAGUGCUGGAGGCUGGCAUCCAGGUCCCAGAUGGAGUCGCCCGAGGGCCUGAUGCUCUGACCCUCCUGGAGAGCCCGGAGACCCGGAACCAGUUCAUCGACGAGCUGAUGGAGCUGGAGACCUUCCUGUCCCAGCGCAUCAUGGAAAUGAGCGAAGAGGCCGACGUGGUGUCAGUGAGCCAGUUCCAGCUGGCCCCGCCCAUCCUGCAGGGCCAGACCACACACAAGGUGGACGCCAUGGUGUCGGCUGUCCGGGAGCUGAUCGGCCGGCUGACCAACCUGCGGAUGCAGCACCUGUUCCUGAUCCUGGCCUCCCCAAGGUACGUGGACCGGGUGAGCGAGCUCCUGCGCCAGAAGCUGAAGCAGGCGGAGCUGCUGGUGCUGAAGAAGGAGCUCACGGCGCAGAAGAGGCAGGAGGCGCUGGAGGAGCAGGGGACCCUCGAGCCCAAACUCGACCUGCUGGUGCAGAAAACCAAGGAGCUGCAGAAACUAAUUGAAACGGACAUUUCCAAACGGUACAGCGGGCGCCCUGUGAAUCUGAUGGGCACCUCCCUGUGACCCCCUCCACGGCGACGCAGCCCCCUACGGAGCCGGGGUCCCCCAGAGGGACAGGACAGAGGAGGCUUCCCCGGGGCUCUGCUAACCAGGACUUGCUCACGUUGUAAGGAGCAGAUGUGUACGGGGGGGCAGGCUGCCAACUGCGGCUCUUGCCCUUUCCAGGGGCUCCAGGCAGCCGGGAGGGAAUUGCUCAAUAAAGCUGGGGGAGCUGCUCCAUCCCCACCCUGCUCCUCUCACGCCCCGAUUCCUCUGGCCCAGCCUGCAAUAUCUCUCACUGGGACGCUGGCCCCUCUCCUCCCUCCCCUGUGUGUCUGACCAGAACACUGAUUCCUCCCCCUGCCUCACAGGGACCCUGAUCCCUGCCCCGCAGGAAGAUUGUCACCGGGUGGGGCCCUAGAGGCUUGUGUUCCCUCCCCACCACAGGGAUUGGCCCAGCGCCCGGGGAUCUGAGCCAGGGUCAGGCGAGCAGCGGGGCUGCCAGCAGGAGCCCUGCUUUCCCCCGGCCCGGCGCCCUUCCAUCCAGCCACUGCCAAUGCUUUACCUGGCUGCCUGUUAUCAAGACAGCUCCCAGCCCCGGCCUGCGGCGCCCCGCUGGCCAUGCAGAGGCUGGCAGUGCUGUGAAAUGCCCCCCACCGGCAUGCUGGGAACUGCCUCUGCUCCCAAGGGGCCCCUCAGCACCUUGCUCCAGGCUGGGCCCUGCCCCCCUUCCAGCUCCCGGGCGGCUUUUGGGGUGAGGGUUGGGGGUGAUUCAAUUUUAAUUUCAUAGCAGAGCAGUUGAUUCAUGGCGCUUUGUCGCCGGCGUUGACUCCCGUAAUGACUUUCCAUCAAAAUGAAAAGUGGAGUGACACCGCU